GAUGUGGCCGUGUAAGCAGCGCCAAGUUCAGGCUUUUGUGGCCAGUGGCCAGCACCUGCCCUACACCUGGGUGCUGUGUGGUUGGCUCUUUCUGGCUCCCUGUCCCCUUGGGUCCUGCCUUACUGGGAAUGUCCUGGCUUGGGGUCCCGCCAGAGGGCUGGGGUGAGGCAGCUGCCGGAGUCUCCAGGCUUCCUGAGGCCGGUAGGAGAAGUGGCUCACCCAGGCCGCGCUCACUUGGGUCCCCGCCCGCUCCUGCCUCUGCCUCCCCGCCUCAACCCCGCCCCCCGACCCCAAGCCGCUCCGGGCCGAGGAGAGUAGCUGCCAUCGCGCCUUUAAAGGAGAAACUUGCCUCUAGUCCCUCGGGACGCGAACACCCAGGACGGUCCCCGCUUGGGGUCUCCGGGGAGGUCGGACCGGGGCGCGGGACCUGGGGUGCGGCAGGCUGCGCUCUCCCGGCCGGUGACGCAGAGCGCGCCGCGGGCGACACGGACAGUGCGGGGCGAGUGACGCGGGGACGCAGCCCUCUCCGAGCAGGUGCGCGCGCCGGCCCCGGACGGACAUCACCAGGGCCGGCGACGAGCAGCCCUUGAGGUGCUUUCCGAACGCACAGCCUCGCAGGCUGGAGGAAAUGCUGUCCUGAGGGAGGCAGGAGCCGGUGGGAGCCGGAGAGGGGGCAGCCCUCACUAUGGAGCCCUUACCCCCAAGGAAAGAUGGCUCCGAGCUGGAAGAGGGCCUCGGGGUGCAGCCCAGGAGGGUCGUGGACCUGGACAUGGUCUCCAAUCUCCGGCGAAGCAACAGCAGGAUGGGGAAGUCACAGUAUCUAUAUGGCAACUGUGGAAAGCAAGAACAUCUUAGUUCAUGGAUUCCUGAAAACAUCAUGAAGAAAGAGUGCGUGUACUUUGUGGAAAGCCCCAAACUGUCCGAUGCCGGGAAAGUGGUGUGCGAGUGUGGCUACAUGCACAAGCAGCACCUGGAGGAGGCCACCAGGCCCCAGGCCUUCCAGGGCAAGGAGUGGGACCCAAAAAAACAUGUCCAGGAGAUGCCAACUGAUGCCUUUGGUGACAUUGUCUUCACAGGCCUGGGCCAGAAGACGGGAAAGUACGUGCGCCUGUCCCAGGACACACCUUCCAGCGUGAUCUACCGCCUCAUGACCCAGCACUGGGGCCUGGAUGUCCCCAGCCUCCUCAUCUCUGUGACGGGUGGGGCCAAGGACUUCAUCAUGAAGCCCAGGCUGAGGAGCAUCUUCCGCAGGGGCCUGGUCAAGGUGGCCCAGACCACAGGGGCCUGGAUCAUCACCGGGGGCUCCCACACCGGCGUGAUGAAGCAGGUGGGCGAGGCGGUGCGGGACUUCAGCCUGAGCAGCAGCUACAACAAGGGAGAAAUCGUCACCAUUGGCAUUGCCACGUGGGGCACGGUGCACAACCGGGACAGCCUGAUCCACCCUGCGGGCAGCUUCCCUGCUGAGUACAUGGUGGACGAGGAUGGCCAAGGGCACCUGACCUGCCUGGACAGCAACCACUCCCACUUCAUCCUUGUGGACGACGGGACUCACGGCCGCUACGGGGUCGAGAUCCCCCUGAGGUCGAGGCUGGAGAAGUUCGUAUCAGAGCAGACAAAGGAGAGGGGAGGUGUGGCCAUCAAGAUCCCCAUCGUCUGUGUGGUACUGGAGGGGGGCCCUGGCACACUGCACACCAUCUACAACGCCAUCACCCACGGCACCCCCUGCGUGAUCGUGGAGGGCUCAGGCCGUGUGGCCGACGUCCUUGCCCAGGUGGCCAGCCUGCCCAUCUCCGAGAUCACCAUCUCCCUGAUUCAGCAGAAGCUGAGCGAGUUCUUCCAGGAGAUGUUUGACACCUUCACCGAAAGGCAGGUCGUGGAGUGGACCAAGAAGAUCCAGGACAUUGUCCGGAAGCAGCAGCUGCUGACCAUCUUCCGGGAGGGCAAGGAUGGCCAGCAGGACGUGGAUGUGGCCAUCCUGCAGGCCCUGCUGAAAGCCUCUCGGAGCCAAGACCACUUUGGCCACGAGACCUGGGACCACCAGCUGAAGUUAGCAGUGGCGUGGAACCGCGUGGACAUCGCCCGGAGUGAGAUUUUCACUGAUGAGCGGCAGUGGAAGCCUUCAGAUCUGCACCCUGUGAUGACGGCUGCCCUCAUCUCCAACAAGCCUGAGUUCGUGAAGCUCUUCCUGGAGAACGGGGUGCUGCUGAAGGAGUUCGCCACGUGGGACACCCUGCUCUACCUGUAUGGGAACCUGGACCCCACCUGCCUGUUUCACAGCAAGCUGCAGAAGGUGCUGGCCGAGGAGCCUGCCCCCCACCACAUGCAGAUGCACCAUGUGGCCCAGGUGCUGCGGGAGCUCCUCGGGGACUUCACACAGCCACUAUACUGCGUGCCCCGCAUGGGUGACCGGCUGCGGCCCUUGCUGCCAGUGCCUCCUAUCAAGCUCAACGUACAGGGAGCGAGCCUCCAGUCCCUCUACAAGCACUCCUCAGGCUGUGAUGCCUUCACCAUGGACCCAGUGCGCGAUCUUCUCAUUUGGGCCAUUGUCCAGAACCGCCGGGAGCUGGCAGAAAUCAUCUGGGCUCAGAGCCAGGACUGCAUUACGGCCGCCCUGGCCUGCAGCAAGAUCCUGAAGGAGCUGUCCAGGGAGGAGCAGGACACAGACAGCCUGGAGGACAUGCUGGCGCUCACAGCCGCGUUCGAAAACAGAGCCGUCGGGGUCUUUACCGAGUGUUACCGGAAGGAUGAGGAGAGAGCCCAGAAGCUGCUUGUCCGUGUUUCGGAGGCCUGGGGGAAGACCACCUGCCUGCAGCUGGCCCUGGAGGCCAAGGACAUGAAGUUUGUGUCUCACGGGGGCGUCCAGGCUUUCCUGACCAGGGUGUGGUGGGGCCAGCUCAGCAUGGACAAUGGGCUCUGGCAGGUGUUCCUGUGCAUGCUGGUCUUCCCACUGCUCUACACCGGCCUCAUCUCGUUCAGGGAGAGGAGGCUGCGGGCUGGCAGGGGCCUGGCCCGCAUCCGCACCUUCUUCAGCGCGCCCGUGGUCGUCUUCCACCUGAACGUCCUGUCCUACUCCGCCUUCCUCUGCCUCUUUGCCUACGUGCUCAUGGUGGACUUCCAGCCCACGCCCUCCGGUUGUGAGCGCCUCCUCUACCUCUGGCUCUUCUCCCUGGUGUGCGAGGAGUCACGGCAGCUCUUCUACAACCCUGACGGGUGCGGGCUGGUGAAGAUGGCGCUCCGGUACUUCAGUGAUUUCUGGAAUAAGCUGGACAUUGGUGCCAUCUUGCUCUUCAUAGUGGGACUUGUCUGCAGGCUCACACCAACGCUGCUGUAUCCCGGGCGCAUUGUCCUGUCUCUGGAUUUCAUCAUGUUCUGCCUCCGGCUGAUGCACAUUUUCACUAUCAGUAAGACACUGGGGCCCAAGAUAAUCAUCGUGAAGCGGAUGAUGAAGGACGUCUUCUUUUUCCUCUUCCUGUUGGCGGUGUGGGUGGUGUCUUUCGGGGUGGCCAAGCAGGCCAUCCUCAUCCACAACGAGAGCCGGGCGGAGUGGAUCUUCCGGGGUGUCAUCUACCACUCGUACCUCACCAUCUUUGGGCAGAUCCCGGCCUACAUUGACGGUGUGAACUUCAGCCCGGACCAGUGCAGCCCCAAUGGCACAGACCCCUACAAGCCCAAGUGCCCCGAGAGCGACACCAGGGGGCUCGAGCCCGUGUUCCCCGAGUGGCUGACGGUCACCUUGCUCUGCCUCUACCUGCUCUUCACCAACAUCCUGCUGCUCAACCUCCUCAUCGCCAUGUUCAACUACACGUUCCAGCAGGUCCAGGAGCACACAGACCAGAUCUGGAAGUUCCAGCGCCACGGCCUGAUAGAGGAGUACCACGGCCGGCCCCCAUUGCCGCCGCCCCUCAUCCUCCUCAGCCACCUGCACCUCUUCAUCAAGAGGGUCAUCCUGAAGAGGCCUGCCGGCCAACACCAGCAGCUCAAGAAUAAGCUGGAGAAGAACGAGGAAGCAGCCCUGCUGUCCUGGGAGGCCUACCUGAAGGAGAACUUCCUGCAAGGCCAGCAGAGGCAGAGGGAGAAGCAGAAGGUCCAGGACCUCGGCAGCAGGGUUGACACCAUGGUGGACCUACUGGAAAUGGAGCGUCUGAAGCUGUUGGGCACCUUGGAGCAGAGACUGGCCUCCCUGGAGGAGCAGGUGGCCCAGACAACCGGCGCAUUACACUGGAUCAUGAAGACCCUGAGAGACGGCAGCCUUGGCUCGGAGGAGGGCAUCCCCACCCUGGCAACCCAGAAAGCCUCAGAGGGGCAGGACCCUGCGCUGGACAGCAGGCAGAAGGCUGAGGACCCGGGUGACCCCCACCACGUGCAUGCCCGGCACCUCUUGUACCCCAACGCCCCGGUCACACGUUUCCCGGUGCCCAACGAGAAGGUGCCCUGGGAGACGGAGUUCCUCAUCUAUGAGCCUCUCUUCUACUCGGCUGAGUGGACAGACAAGGGCCCGGCGGACCCCAUGGGGGGCGCCCUGGAACCUCUGUCUGGGAUCAGCUUCAACGCCAUGGACGGGCCCGUUGAUCGCCGGAGCUUCCACGGGGCCUACAUGGUGCGGGACGGGCUCCCUCUGAACCCAAUGGGCCGCACAGGACUUCGUGGGCGUGGGCACCUCUGCUGCUUCGGCCCCAACCACACGCUGCAGCCUGUGGUCACCCGCUGGAGGCGGAACCAGGAUGGAGCCAUCUGCAGGAAAAAAGUAAAGAAAAUGCUGGAAGUGUUGGUGGUGAAGCAUGCCCUGUCAGAGCACUGGGCCUUGCCAGGGGGCUCCCAGGAACCAGGGGAGACAUUGCCCUGGACACUGAAGCAGGUCCUGGGGAGAGAAUGUUGGCCUUGCUUCCGGAACUUGCUGGCACAGGGCACGGAGGUAUACAAAGGAUAUGUGGAUGACCCAAGGAACACAGACAAUGCCUGGAUCGAGACAGUGGCCAUAAGCAUCCACUUCCCCAACCAGAGUGACGUGGAGCUGAAGAGGCUAAACUGUCACCUGCAUGCCUGUGACCCAGAGACAGCCAUCCGAUGGCAGGCCGUGGACAAGCACGUCCCGCUGCAUGCCAGCCACAAGGCCAUCCUCCAGAAGGUGGCCGCUCUCUAUGGGGCUUUCUACUGACCUGUGAGCUCAGGCCAGGCCCUCUGCCCGGAGCAGGCGAGCUGGUCCUUCCACAGGGACUUGAGCUGCACGGGCUGCAGGCCGACACCAGCCGCCUGGGGCACACGCAGCCUGGACAUGGACAGGCGAGGGGCCACUGCCAGGGCACUGGGGAUGUGGUUUGGGGAUCUGUGCCCCUCUCUGUCAGCCCAAGUUGCCUGCCAAAGAAGCUUGUGAAUUGGAGCGUGUCAGGGCCCCUGCAAGGACAGCCAAGUCAGGGGACAUUCUGGCUGCAUCCAGGCGGCAGGUCCCCAGGGCUGAGGUGAACACCGGGACCCCAGCAGACAUCACUGCCCACCACCCUCCAGAGCCAGCUGGCAGCAGCUGAGGGGCUGGGCAGGGCCGAUUCCCACCUGGUGGGUGGUCACUAGCAGCAUGUCCACCCCAGAGGUGCUCUGGCCCAGGGCCUGUGUUUCCUGGGGGCCGGGUUCCCUGUGGCUUCCUCUUCUGGCUGGUGCCCCUGAGAUGGCCUCUGCCAUGACCUAACUCGGGCCCUAGCCUGGCCUGGGCAGGGCACCACAGAGACCCCGUUCACUGCCCAGGGCUGUCAGGGUCUGUGCCCGGUGCCUCCGAGGGCCUGCGUGGGGCUCUCCGCACACAGCACUGCUUCCUGUCCUGGGAGCUCAGGGGUGUGGACGUUGGGCCAGCCAGGGACUCAGACCAUCAGCAGGAACCAUCAGGAGCUGUCAGGACUGGGACUGUAACAUCUGACAUUAAAUCCACAUGCCGGCCUCUUCUGUGCUUCCCAGAAAUAGAGUUGCAGACAUGAACAGCGGUCAGGGGGUGGCUGCCUCUUCUUCAUUCUCCCUUCACUCUCCCUGCACACCCCCCAGGCUGGGCCUGGCUCCCCACGCCCUCCCCCGCUCCCGACUGCAGGCACUUCCAGCCUUGCCGUUUUAUCCAGAAUCCUACACCCCCAAACUAACAUUCAAGUGGCUGCACCAAAUAAAGAUGUUUUAGAAGAUACAAAA